CCGCGCAGCGGGAGGAUGGCCUCGCUCGGGUCGGCCGCGGCCGGGGAGCCGGCGGCCGGGGCUGAGGCGGAGCUAGGUCCUCCGGCCCCUCCGCCGCCGCCGCCGCCCGCGCCCGCGCCCUCGCCGUCGCCGUCCGCGCUCGGGCCGCUGCUGCCCUUGCAGCGGGAGCCGCUCUACAACUGGCAGGCCACCAAGGCGUCGCUGAAGGAGCGCUUCGCCUUCCUCUUCAACUCGGAGCUGCUGAGCGAUGUGCGCUUCGUCCUCGGCAAGGGCCGCGGCGCGGCGGCCGCCGGGGGCCCGCAGCGCAUCCCCGCCCACCGCUUCGUCCUGGCGGCCGGCAGCGCCGUCUUCGACGCCAUGUUCAACGGCGGCAUGGCCACGACGUCGGCCGAGAUCGAGCUGCCGGACGUGGAGCCCGCUGCCUUCCUGGCGCUGCUGAGAUUUUUGUAUUCAGAUGAAGUUCAGAUUGGGCCAGAAACUGUUAUGACCACUCUUUAUACUGCCAAGAAAUAUGCAGUCCCUGCCCUGGAAGCACACUGUGUAGAAUUUCUCACCAAACACCUUAGGGCAGAUAAUGCCUUUAUGUUGCUUACUCAGGCGCGGCUAUUCGAUGAACCUCAGCUGGCCAGUCUUUGUCUAGACACCAUAGACAAGAGCACAGUGGAUGCAAUAAGUGCGGAAGGCUUUACUGAUAUUGACAUAGAUACACUCUGUGCAGUUCUAGAAAGAGACACAUUAAGUAUUCGAGAAAGUCGACUUUUUGGAGCUAUUGUACGUUGGGCAGAAGCAGAAUGUCAGAGACAACAAUUGCCUGUGACGUUUGGAAACAAACAGAAAGUUCUAGGAAAAGCACUUUCCUUAAUCCGGUUCCCACUGAUGACAAUUGAGGAAUUUGCAGCAGGUCCUGCUCAGUCUGGAAUUUUAUCAGAUCGUGAAGUGGUAAACCUCUUUCUUCAUUUUACUGUCAAUCCUAAACCCCGAGUAGAAUACAUUGAUCGACCACGAUGCUGCCUCAGAGGGAAGGAAUGCUGCAUCAAUCGAUUCCAGCAAGUAGAGAGCCGCUGGGGCUAUAGUGGAACAAGUGACAGAAUCAGGUUCACAGUUAACAGAAGAAUCUCUGUAGUUGGAUUUGGUUUGUAUGGAUCUAUUCAUGGGCCCACGGAUUAUCAAGUGAAUAUACAGAUCAUUGAAUAUGAGAAAAAACAAACCUUGGGACAAAAUGAUACUGGAUUUAGUUGUGACGGGACUGCUAACACAUUCAGGGUCAUGUUCAAAGAACCUAUAGAGAUCCUGCCCAAUGUCUGUUACACAGCAUGCGCAACACUCAAGGGGCCAGAUUCUCACUACGGCACAAAAGGACUGAAGAAAGUCGUCCAUGAGACCCCUGCUGCAAGCAAGACUGUCUUUCUAUUUUUCAGCUCCCCUGGCAAUAACAAUGGCACUUCAAUAGAAGAUGGACAAAUACCAGAAAUAAUAUUUUAUACAUAACCUAGUGUUACCGACCAUUCAGUCUAAUCUCAAAAGCAUAAACAACUGGCCACAAAUA